GUCUUCUCUCUAUAUUACUUCUCCAAUCACAUUCUACUCCGCGGUGUUCAAUUCCUUAUACUUGCCCAAAUACUCAGAAACAGAGGAAACUGAGAGAUAACUGUAUUGGUCAGAGACUGCAAGUGAUCCAUCAGAUAUGGCAGCUCAUCUUAACCUGCUCACACCCCUUCUUUUGUUCAUUCUAAUUUUUGUUUCAUCGGGACCGAGACCGGCACGGUCAGCCAGGAUCUUCACCAUUAUCAACAACUGCAAAGAGACGGUCUGGCCGGGGAUCACUCCCGGGGAGAACUUCGGUGGUGGGGGUUUUGCGCUGACUACGGGGCAGUCCAUCGUCUUCACGGCUCCAGUGGGCUGGUCGGGCCGCAUAUGGGGCCGGACAGGUUGCAGCUUUGACAGGAACGGGAAUGGCACCUGCCAGACAGGUGCCUGCGGAGACACCAUCAAGUGCUCGGCCUCGGGCAAGACCCCGGCGACCCUGUCGGAGUUCACUCUGGCAGCGCUUGACUUCUACGACGUGAGCCUUGUGGACGGGUUCAACAUCCCCAUGAAGGUGACCCCGAUCAAUGGGAAGGGGAAUUGUAGCACUGCCGGGUGUGUUGCGGACCUGAGGACGAGCUGCCCGUCUGAGUUGGCAGUUAAGGUGAACGGGAAGGUCGUGGCGUGCAGAAGCGCCUGUGAUGUGUUCGAUACGGACGAGUAUUGCUGCAGAGGCGUGUAUGGCAAUCCCGUAACCUGUCAGCCCACAUACUAUUCCAAGAAGUUCAAGGAGGCCUGCCCGACAGCAUAUAGUUAUGCCUACGAUGACCCGACCAGCAUCUUUACGUGCUCCGGCACCGACUAUGUCAUCACCUUCUGCUCAGGCCGGAACCAAUCAGUAUGCACGUACCAUGACAACAAGCUCAUAUGCGGCGGAACGAAUGGCUUGAGAUCGUUAAUCGGGAGAUGGGGGAUUACCAUGCUUGCGCUGUCAGUAAUUAUCAACUUGUGGCUUCUGUCCUGAGAUAUGAAAACGAUCAAAUGUAUAUUCAUUUCCUAUUUUCAUUCUCUUUCGGGGUUUUUCUAACAUUGAUUAUUUGUAGUUUCGGCCUUUCUUUGAGGUCACAUAUAUGCAUUCUACCGAGAUGUUGAAACUUUGCUUCCGCUGCGAGCUGAGAAGCAUCGAGACUGAUUGAAACUUAUGUGUUCAGAAUAUGAAGACGCAAAGGAUACAUUGAUUCUGUC